AUGUCGUACUUGAUCCAAGGUGUUCUCAUCAGCGCGUUGUUUAUCGCAAUGGGUGACGCCAUCAAAUGUUGGGAAUGUAAAAGCCACGCCGAUCCGCUAUGCGCCGACCCAUUCGACAACACGACUCUCCCCAUCACUGAAUGCAACAGGAGGUAUCUGCCUCAUCUUCCCAAUUUGAUUGCCACGAUGUGCCGCAAGGUUCGCCAAAAGGUGAACGGAAACUGGAGGGUCAUUCGAUCUUGUGCAUAUCUGGGAGAGCCCGGCGAAGGCCACGGCGACGAAAAUUAUUGCUUGAUGCGUACCGGCACCUUCGACGUUUUCAUCGAGACCUGCACUUGUAACUCAAAGGACGGCUGCAAUUCGUCAGUGGCCCUCAAGUCUAUGUCUCUCCUGCUCAUGUUGACGCUAGCGAAAUUGAGUGCUGAAAUUCUCAAUCCCCGAUCCUGCAUGACCCUGCAGAUAUACGCGGAGCUCGUCGAAUGA